AUGGACGCCAGGGACACCAGCGGGCCUCUGAAACCCUCCGCAAGCAGAAACGCAAGGAGCUGGAUGCCCGGCGCAGCAAAUGUCGCAUUCGUAUUGGCAGCCACCUGGAACAGUGGUGUCAGCUCAAGGAGCAGCUGGGUUUUUCCUUGCACUCCCAGCUUGCCAAGUACCUGCUUGACAGGUGAGGAGGGGUACAGCUCCCAAGGCUGCGUGCUCGAAAUGGGACAGGAUAGUCCCAAUGUUACUGCCACCUCCCUUCCUGCCGAUGCCCUGCAGACCCUCGUGGUCCUUUCCCACAACCACAGCCAGGAAUGUGGCUUCAUCCCUGACGUGAAGUCCCCAUUGUUGGCACAGAAGGGAGCUCCGAGUGGCCUGGUUUGGGAGUGCCUGGCGGGUCACACCUUCUCCUGGAGCCCCCCCAACCCUCUGCCCUCCACGCCACCGCCCCGCAAAGCAGCCUCCAGAUGCAGAGAGGAGAAAGGGGCGAGCUCCAAGGCCAGCCCUCCACCCUCCCCUCUCGUCCGACACCGGCGCUCCCUCCGCAGGGCAGCUGCGGCCCACACCUUUUCUUUAGCCCUCGCUUCUGACUCGCCGUGCCCAGUGUUUGAGGCAGAGCCACCCUCUAAGGAAGAUGGGCAGAGCAGCAUGGACCAAGAACAAACAACACACUUGUCUCCCAGCGGCGGAACAGGCCUGGGCGAGGAGGGAGAAUUGCUCAAUCACGACAAGGCUGUGAUGGCAGCUCCCUCCGAAGAGGUUCCAAGCAGCACAGAAGUCGCAGUGCCUGAAAGCACUUUGCUCCUGCCGGAGGGAAAGCCAGCAUCAGAGCCUGAUCAACCGGAGGAAGAGGAGGAGGAAGAAGGAGGAGGAGGAAGAGGAGAGAAUUUGGCAGAGGAAGACCACCUGGCAUAUGCAGAUGACCUGCGAGAUGAAAAUUAUCAUCCUUCCCUUGACAGGUGUAAGAAGCAGGCACAGCCUAGUGAUGAAGAUGUGGCCCAGAUUGGUCCAAAGAAAAUCAGGAAGGCAGCCAAGCGAGAGAUCCUCCUCUGUGACUAUGAUGGCUGUGGGAAGAUCUUCUCCAACCGCCAAUACUUGAACCACCACAAGAAAUACCAGCAUGUUCACCAAAAAACAUUCACCUGUUCUGAUCCCAGCUGCGGCAAGUCUUUCAACUUCAAGAAGCACCUCAAGGAGCACGAGAAGCUGCACAGCGACAAACGCGACUACAUCUGUGAGUUUUGUGCCCGCUCCUUUCGCACUAGCAGCAACUUGAUCAUCCACAGGCGGAUCCACACGGGAGAAAAGCCUUUACAGUGUGAGAUCUGCGGCUUCACCUGCCGCCAAAAGGCCUCCUUGAACUGGCACAUGAAGAAGCACGAUGUGGACUCCUCCUACCAGUUCUCCUGCGACCUCUGCGGCAAGAAGUUUGAGAAGAAAGACAACGUCACCGCCCACAAGAGCAAGAGCCACCCGGAAGCGGCUGCCGGGGGCCCCCAGCUGGUUCAGGAGCCCCCCUCCCUGUGCCUCCCGAUGGCCAUGGAGCAGCUGGAACACCUCCCUCAGAGCCAGCCCAGUGACACGGAAAGGAGGGUGGUGGUGUCUGUCCUCGCCGCCAUGGUCGUAAUGGACUGA